UGUCCCUAGCAGAGUAGUACAUUUAUGAAUCCAGAUGAAAACAAUGGUGUUUUACCGCGGUCUUUCAAAUUUUUCUGUGAAAAAUAGUUGCUGUUGAAACUGUAUCCUUCGUUUCGCGAAAUUUUGUUACAAGAAAAGCCUAUAUCGCACGGAAAUUGACAAAUAAAAGGCUAUGCGAAUGAAAUGUUUGUGUGGUGAGAGUUUACGAGCCAGUUUCUUAUUAGAUUCGUGCCAGCUGCGUUAAAUGCGUUAUUUGUGAUUGGUUUUUUUUGCUAUUGGUAACAAAUUUCGGACGAGUGAUUUGUACUUAGUGUUGAAUUCCUUGGUUUAAAUCGUAUAUUUUUCACAAUGUUGACACUGGGGAGUUUUCAAUAAACAUUGAGGUUUUCCCGUGAGAAAAGGGGCGAGUUUAUAAAGAAAAUAUAUGUAGUCAGAGCGCGGCUGAUUUAUUGGUUCAUAUGACUCCGCAUGUAGCGUUUGUGCCGCGAUGAAGGAUGGUGAACUUGCAGCAUAAACCCGACUAAAGGUCGGUAUCAAUAUACACGAAAUUAUGUGAAAUGGGUUAUUAGCUCAGAACUAUGAAAACUCUACAUAGGACAAGGGAGCUAUCGUUCAUCGUAGCAGGUCCAUAAGAGCGCAUAAGACAGAAUGGCCCGCUGGGGAAAAAGCAUUGCAGUCCCCCUCGAUACUUUAAUUAAAGAGAAAGAAAAUACUAAUCGUCCAACAGCAGCUCGUUCAGCUGGUACCGUUGGGAAAUGGGGUAAAAUGGGGUUUACUUCGACACGGACAUACGCGUUGAAGGCUUUACCGCCAGUCGAAAGUCCAGAUAAGUCACCUGAAGCUGUCGGGGACUACCAAUUACCCCUAAAUAAUGAUCCACCAAAACCACGUAAAUUUUUCAAAAGCCGCAACACAUCUGUGGAAGUACGAACCCAAUUUAUACAGCACCUUCCUCGUGCACCACCUUCGCCUAUUCGUUCCGAAGGAAAUUCGCCGCCUAAAAAAGAUGCUCCACUUAAAUUAAAAAUUUCAAAAAUGCCCAUGGAACGAAAAAAAUCGACAUCAUCGGACCGACCUAAUAAACCUAAAAAGAAGAAAGAAGAGAAGAAACUUAAACCUGAGGCACCGCCAUCUCGAAUAAUAUCGAGAACUCGAAAGAUAGUAAACUACAAUGAAGAAGAUGACGAACGUAGUCAAACACCACUUCGAGACAUCAUUCAAAGACUUUCGCCUGUGCCAGUAAGAAAAGAAAGUCCCCCUCCAGUACCAUCAGUAAUGGAAAGUGACCCUCGAUCACCUCUCACUGUAUUAGAACCCCCUACCGCUGUGAAAAGUACUCCUCUAGAGCAUCCGCCAAUUGUUUUACGAAUAUCUAAGGGUACAUCGCGUUUGGUUAGCACGGACAGUGAGGAUAUUCUCAAUUCACCUCCUCAUGAGCCACCUUUAAACGAAACGUCUGCUCCUAUUGCAAAGAUAGAGCCCUCUCAACCUUCAACAGAUUCGCUGCCGAAAGUUCAGGAUUUACGCAUUGUUUUGAAAAGACAUGAUUUCAAACUUAACUCUGAACAAACUUCAGAAAGUCCAGACGAAAUAUCGACAGAACCUCCCAAAGCACCAACUCCAGAAGAAUCAUCAGCAAAACUCGAGAGUUUGAAAAUAGUUAUAAAAGCCAGCGUUUUGGAAAAAACUGAGAAAAAAGAACGAAGAACUAGAAAGCAUCACAAAAGCGUUUCUAGUCACAAGCUUUCCGACCAUACUUUUAAAACGCCCUCACCUCAGCCCGGUAGUGAAAAUUAUGAUCUUUAUAGGACAUUAACUGGUUCGCCGUCAGAACGUGACUUCGAUUCUCAAAGCUCAAUUCUGGGUAGUGUUUCAUCAAAAGAGAAUUCUUCUCAAUUCCCUUUGGCACUGCCUGAUGAAAGUUGCGUGAUACGCAGUCGUGGAUCAAGUGAUAUUACGAGCGAUAUAGAAACCAGUCAACAUAGUUCCCUGGUGGCACUACCUUCGGACAUUGAAUCUAGACUUGAGUCCAUGAUGGAUGGUGAAGACGAUGAUCCUUCGUCGGAUCGUGCUCCAGAUACUCGAAACACAGUUGAUAGGUUAAAUACGAUUUCAGAGGAACCUUUGAAGGAGGAUAUACUAGAAGUGCUAACUGGUGGAGGCGAAGGUACGAUAAGUAGCAAAGAACAACAAUCAAAAGAUAUGAUUGCCACGUGUAGCAGUAAAGUAAAAAAAGAAGCUGGAGAAGUCACAAUCAGCGAAAAUCCGGUCAACAAAACUCCUCUAGAACGCGAAGUUAUUAUUAAUGCAGUCAAGAAAACACGAGCGAAGAAAGGCGAAGUGGCUAAAUUGGAUCAACCCGCGAUCGCAACCGCAGAAAUUCAGAAACAAAACAGUGGUCGUGUAACUCGUAACAAUAACAAUGGAAACGCAGUGAAGCAGACGUUAAUCUCCGAAUCCACUUCGACACCUUUAACGUCAACUCCAUCCGUUCGCAGCUAUGGCCGAAGAUGUAAAGUUAAAGAAAGUGUGCCGUCACAACCUGAGUCUGCACAGAAUUAUACAAUCGUAGGUGAAGCCAGUAUAGCGACACAAGAACAAGCAUCAAGCCAACCUGAGGACAUUCCGAUUGAUCUUCCAGAUGCCCCUAUCGUUCCCAAAAGUCCAGACGCUUCCAGUCCAGUUCUUGGUCUGCAAGCACAACAUAUUGUGAAAGAGUACAAAAUAAAAAAUAAGAUGAAACGGGCAUGGGAAGCAUCCAAAUCGAAUGAAUCGGAUGAAGUGGUUGCAGAGCCUCCAUUGACAAAAAGUAAAACAGACAGUCCUAACGAAAGUAAUUCGGACAAUCGAAAUGAUAUGAAGUGUAGUAAUAGAGUUUUAAAUAAUAAUACGGAAAUAGGGGAAAACGACGGCCCACUAGAAGAUGAGAAACGCAGUGUGAAACUUGUGAUCUCGAAAAAGAAAGGAAGCAUUUUUAAAAGUAGAGCGCUAGUCACCGAUCAAGGAAAUGGCACAAAACGACAUAUAUAUAAACAUACAUGGGAGGCAGAUAGGGAAAAGUCGCAAAAUCCUGAAGGAUCGACUACCCCUACUGUAGCGGUCGAAUCAACUCUUUUCGAUGACGAGGAUUUCAAUGAUGAAGAAGAAGGAACAUCAAAAAUAGUGCGCACCACGCGGCAAAACUCGAAUAAGUUCGAAAAUGAUAGUGUAGUGACCGUGAAAUGCGACAGAAAAGCUAAGGAAUAUUACACGGUUGUGCGUAACGUUAAAACUGCUCAUCAAAUUCAAGAGAUUGGUGAAUAUCAAGAAAUGGACGAUGACGUUGAAUACAUCCUAGAUGCGCUCCAACCACAUAAUCCAAUUUCAACAAGGUGCCUUUCUGCUCUGCAACUUGCUUCAAAAUGUAUGACGCCAGCUUUCCGUAUGCACGUGCGGGCACAUGGCACUGCAACUAAAUUUUUCAAGGCCUUAAAAGAUGCGAAGAAGGAUUUAAGUUUAAGUUUGUGUACAGCAACUAUAAUGUUCGUUUUGUCACAGGACACUUUGAAUAUGGAUUUGGAUAGAGAAUCGCUAGAGUUAAUGUUAAAUCUUUUGGAAUCAAAUGGCGAAAAUACAUUGGACGAAUACGGAAUGAUUAAUUUCGAGCGCAACAAACAGCGAGUUAAGGAGCUCUGUGAAGAGAUAAAAAACCAAGGCAAAGCAGCUCACUUUAAUAUAGAUAGUAUAUCAGCAGCUUCGUUGGCAAUGGAAACUUUAUUGUCGCUCACGUCCAAACGGGCUGGAGAAUGGUUCAAGGAAGAGCUGCGAAAUUUAGGCGGUUUGGAACAUAUCAUCAAAACAAUUUGUGAGUGCUGUCAUCAAAUUUCUGAUUAUGUUGUGAGUUGGACCGAAGUCUUAUUAGAUAAACUGAAAACUAUUGAAAGAUGCUUACGUGUCCUCGAAAACGUGUCGGAGUUGGAUCAAGAAAAUCAGGAAUAUAUUCUCACGUAUAAAGAUGGCGAUGCUAUUGAUACACUUUUCCGCCUGUACAAACUGUGUGAUAGUGAGAUUGCUCUUUAUCCAACUGUGGAGAACACACCCAAGGAACAUCCGGGUGUAGUUAUACGUGAAGCGCUCGUACCAACUCUAAAGGUCCUUAUCAAUUUGACCCAUCCUUUCAAUCAAAGUGAUAUGGGUAGCAAGAUUUUAGGCCAAAGAGCUGGCAUAUUCGAUACAAGUUUUCAUAUAUUACUACAAGCACCAAAUUAUGUGCCGGAGCGUUGCAUAUUUGAACUGAACAUAUUAGUUUUGUAUCUUCUAAUCAAUCUUACCAUGUACACCGUACCAAACCGAACUCUAAUUAUGAAAUCGCACGCCCCUUGUGAUUUUGGAAAUCCAUUUGUCAAAGUGCCUGCCAUUAAAGCUCUUAUAGAAUAUUUUUACAAAUGUGAAGAACAAGCGAGAAUGGCCGAGGAAAAUACAAACGCAAUUUUGGAAAAUCCAUCGGAAAGGAAUAAAAAAUCUCAAGAGGAACUUGAAGAAACUGUAACUAAGUUAUUACAAAAAGCUGGUCAUCAUAUGGAACACACGAUGAAAGCGAGCUAUGCUGGCCUCUUGAUAGGAUACCUCAUAUAUGAUAGUGCUGAUAAUGAAAAAGUGAUCCGCACCUACCUGAAUGACAAUAGUUUUAAGGAUAUCAUUAAUAUAUUAGAGAAGUAUUAUAAUUUCGUCAACCUUACUGCAAACAAUGAUGCUACAUCACAUAUAAAGUCCACACGAAAACUCAUAGACUAUUUCAAGAAAUGUGAAACUCAACAUUCCAUUAACACAAAAAGUGAAGAAACAGGACAGUCAACAUCCUCGAAUACGAGUUCUUCUUCAAUGAUGACGACAAGAAAUACACCUAGAGUUUAUAAAAAUUAUAGCCAGAGAUAAUGGAAAGUAAGCUGAUCCAGGAAAUUAUUCUCCUAUCGCAUUAUAAGCACAUCUUUCUGUUUUAUUUCUUGGAAACUAAUUUGAAAAGUUUCAGUAUGUAAAGCUCCAUUGGUCCUUUAUAUUUGUGAAAUAUCGUUAAUAUGGAAAGUCCGAUUGUAUAAUAAAUUCCUAUUGAGUUACUUGGUAUAGAUGUAAUUAUGAGUAAAAGAAUUUACAUUUCGAAAUAAAUAAAAAAUUGGAAUUUUAUUUGGAAGAAUAAUUUCAAGUGAAAAUUUAUUGCACAUCCUGCAAUAACUAACAUUUUAGCUGCUUAAAAACCAGUAUAAUUAUUAUUUAAUUUUGAUAACUUGUACAUUUCAUACGACCAAAUGAUAGUAUAAAUUGGUCAUACAAAGAACAAACAAGUUUCGAUGAACUUAUUGAAUUGAAAUUAAACGUAACAUAACAGUUCUUUAUUAAGUAACUUUAGAUCUAAGAACUAUCUAUAAAGUGAAUAUAUGGUAUAGUGUUCUUUGUAAAUACUGUUGUUCAACCAUAAUAUACAGAAAGUAACUUGUUUAAUAUUA